AUGCUGCUAAAACCAACAUCAACAUUGUUAUUUUCCUCAGAUGACGAUUCUCAAGAAUUAUUGGCAGUUGACGCCGCAGCUGCUUCUACCAGAGCAUCCCCAGUACCCCAUCGAGGAGGAUCUUCAUCGAAUGAAAACCGCCAUCAUUAUUUAGAUAAAUUGUCACAAUUAUCCCAGCAGCAAUAUCAAUCAACCGAUACAACAUGGAAGAAACUCCAACAAUUCUUAAAAAUCAACUUAUUAGGAUACCGUAAUGAAUUUGAAAAAUAUGUGAUAAAUAAUGAACCCAGCGAUUGUUCAUUAAUCGCCAAAUAUAGCAAAAUUACUGAGAUCGACUUAUCAAGACAACCAACUAUCUCUACUAAUUCCGUGAUUUUAAAUACCUUACACAUACCGCACCCAAUCGUCAACUUUAUGAGAAAUGAAGCCAAUCAAAAAGCAGCAGAUGAAUUAAAUAUCCUGAAAGAAUUACAAGAAUCACCUAUAUUGGUGUUCAUACACGGUAUGGGAGGACAAAUGUCUCAAUUUGAACCACUUAUGGGUUUAUUAUCUCAAUGCUCGGAAAUUCUUUCUUUGGAUUUGCCUGGGUUUGGGAAUUCUAAAAUUGAAUUUAACGAUAAAUAUAAGAUAAUCUCAGAAAUAUCCGAAGAGGACAAGCUUAAAGUCUCAAACAGUAUAAAACGAUUAUCAUGGGAUGAUUUUACCUCAGACAAUGUCGCAAAUAUAAUUUAUGAAUUUAUAAUUCAACAAAUUCCUCAAGAUAAGAAAAUUGUCUUGAUUGGUCAUUCAAUGGGUACACAUUUAUCGAUUAAGGUUGGGAAAAAGUUGCCCAAGCAUAAGAUUGAAGGAUUAAUAUUAUUAUCACCACCUGGUUUGCACGAUGAUAUCCAUGUACAACACCCUAGUGAGAAACACCAAUUUAAUAUUCUUCACUUGUUUCAAAUGUUUAAGUACACACCUUGGAUCUUUGAUUAUUUUAGACUGUGGGAUAGAUUAGAAGGUUUACAGAGUGAGAGUGUUACUAGACAACUAACUAGAGAAGGUACAAAUACUACCAUAUACAAUAAAUUACGUCAAUUAAGAUGGAAUCUAGAUAUUGAUUCGACAAUAGUCUUAAAAUACGCAAAGGGAUUCAAAAAGGCAGCAUUAUCUGACUUAGUAUCAGUGAUUGAUAAGUUCAAUGACAAUCCACAAGAUAAACAUACCUACGAGAAAACUUUAUUAAUCUGUGGAACCAACGAUCAAAUCACCCCCAUAGAAGGAAUAUACCAAAUUGAUAAGUUCUUAACAACUACCUUCCAAAAUCGAAAAGUAUCCUCCACUAUAGAAAUCAAAGAUGUAGGUCACUCUUUGUUAUUAAUCAAACCAGAAUAUAUUUGUGGAAUGAUCUUGAAUCAUAUCGAAUCCAAAUUCCCACAACGAUUACAUUUAUCUCCUUCUUGGGUCUUACAAAAGAAAGCUUUAAUCUCAGGCGAUAAAUGGGGAUUAAAAAACGAAUUAAAAUGGCAACUGUUAAAACCAAUCUCCGAUAAUAUAACCAGAAGGAACGGGCAGGAAAUCGCACCAUUGCUAGGUAUGAAAACUUUACGAGAGGGCGAUGAAACUCAUUCUCCAAUUAUCCUAGAAUCACAAUUCUAUUCUAAUAACAACGAAAAGAAUUCCUCCCAAACACCUCAGGGAAACCUAAUCGCAAUCAUAGAUAUAUCGGCCGAUAUACCACCCUACAAUCCAAAAUCAUUCAACAUAAUAAAAUAUUACAAAUGCGCAACCGUAUCCAAAGUCACUCCUGACCAAGUUGCAAUCCGAAGAUUUAUUCAAUUGGUAGACGAUAUACUCUCCUCAACCGAUGUGGAAAAUCCAUUAAUUGCCGUACAUUGUCAUUAUGGAUUCAAUCGUACUGGAUUCUUGAUUUGUUGUUAUUUGAUAGAAGAAUUAGGUUGGUCAGUACAGGAGGCAGUUGAAGGGUUUAAGGUUGCCAAACCACCUGGAAUUAAGCAUCCUCAUUUUAUUGAUGCGUUGUAUGUUAGAUAUGAAAAUAAUAAUUAG